AUUACAUUCAUCAAAUUUUUAAUGAUCUUAUCUCAACGGAGAAAUUUUCAUAAAUCUAAUUUUUAUAAUUUGAAUUAAAAAAAACUAAAUGAAAGUGUCAAAAAUGUCAACUAUUCAAGAACAAAUGAACCAAAACACUCAUCCUACAAAUCGCAGACUAUUCCGACGAUUACAUCUUAUCAUUUUAUUGUUAAUACUGAUUGAUUUAACAUUUUCCUCUAAAAUUCCCUCGAAUAGACCCAAAACAAAUGAUCGCCGAUUGGUGAAAAAAUCCCAUGUAACUGUAAGACAGUUGUCCGAAAAAUAUGAUCAUUUUGUCAAACUUAAACCAAAAAAAUCAUUCAAAAAAACUCAAACGAGAAAAAGAAAAGGCACAAAAUUACGAAAAUCUAGACAAAAUCUUAAUGAGAAUGUUGAAUCUUCGAACGAAGCCAAAGAUAAUUCUACCAUUGAAAAAUUAUUGAAUCGAGAAAGUGAGAUUAGAGUGCCAUUACCUUUGCCUUCCGGAGAAAUUCCAUCAUCAUUACCGAUUAUCGAUGACACUAAUAUAUCGAAUAUUGAACUCGCAUUUGCAAAUAAUCUUUCCUUGAAAGAAUGUUCUAACGAUACUCUUGUGAAAGAUUUAGGGGUUUCUUGCCUAAAAAAAUCUAUGGACAUGACACCACCGGAAAAUAUGGAUGGUCGAAAUGCAAUAUCUCGACAUUUUAGUGUUUCUCCUAUGAUCAAUAGGAAAAUCAAUACUUCAAAUCAAUUUAAGACUCCUGCCGACAAUGCUCGAUCAAAAUAUGCAUUGAAUGGUUAUCGUGACCAGAUAAAACCAUUAAGACGUCCACCGAAAGUUCAAACAAGAUUUCAGCCUACAUCCCAAAAUGAUCCAUCUAGACAAGAAAUUUCAACACCUCUUUUUCCUACAAAUCGGAAUCCAUUUUUGUCUAAUGUGCCAAAGAUUGAAUUGGAUCCGAAAAUCAAAGAAGAUUUAGAACUAUUGAAUAGUUUGAAAUUGAAUUUGGGUGUAUUAAAUGCGCAGGCAUCCAAUAUUAAACAACGAACUAAACUUCUUUAUGGAGAGGCAAGACGUAGAAAAAUGAUAUUCUUUGAUAGAUUAUUAUUACGAACCAAUAGCAUAAUUACCGAAAAAAGAGACAAAACAAGCCGUACUAUCGAUACUAUAGAUGUAACGAUGAAUCGAAUGCGAAAACAGCAAACAAUUAAAGCUUAUAACAAAUAUAGACGAAACAUGAGAUUGAUGGAUCAAAACUUUGAUCGAUAUCCAAAUGGUAUGCUCAAACCAUUGCCUAAAGUUCCUGAAAUUAAUCAGACACAGAUCGAUCAAUUGGUGACCGAUUGUGAAAACCAUUCAAAACAAAUGAUGGAAGUGAUUAGAGAGCUGAACGAAGCCUUAGAUGAAUUUGAAGUGCAAUUCAACUUUCCACGUUUUGAACCAAACUCGAUCAUCGAUGAAUAUUUGAAAGAUGUCGAAUUAUAAAAUGAAAUACAACCAAUUUUCAUUCCAUUUAUAAUCACUUUGGCUGGUAUCAUUUGUAGUUAUAUAACAAAAUU